UUUACAUAUCCGUAAUUACUUUGUGUUACAGCGGAAUAUUCACCUGAAGAAAAUGUAGGGUUUUAAUAAUUUAUUGUAUUGUAUGUUUUAACAGUUGAUUUGUCCGUUAGUGUGGUCGUUCAUGAACUUUGAUCUAGUAGUUCUCAUAUUUCCAAGGACACUUUAACUCACUGUAACCAGGCACUGUUUGACAGGAGGCUGUCUUUGGCUAGCCGAGCUAGCUUUGGUCGAGCUAAACAACAACAAACAAACCCUCUGUGUUAACUGUAUGGGAAGUAGUCGCUGGGUUGUUACAAGUCCUGUGUUUGUGUGACUCCCUGCCCCCCACCUCAGGUCAGAGCUGAGGGUUGGGGUCAGGUCUUGGGCUAAUGUCACACAGUCCUGGUGAAGAGGGGGGUCUAUCUCAGGCAGCCCCAGACGCCAACGCCCAAGAACUGUUGGACAUCCCCACUCAGACUGUGGCGACAGGGAACACACCUGAAGAUCAGGUGUCGCCUGCGGUGGAUGAAGCCUCUCCUUGUUCCACGUCCUCCUUUGAGAUGCUUGACAUGGAGUCGGUCCCAGCUCCUUAUAAAGAAGUGCAGCCUCACUGGUUCUUCUGUCGACGAGCCGAUGACAACACCUCCUGGCUUCCUUUCAGCAGAGAAGACUCUGAUAAACUAGAGAAUGCCUGCAACACUGUAGGAGACGAGGAGGAUGAGGUGGUGAUAUCUGUGGAUGGAGAGCGGUAUGACGUACAUGUCAAGGAGAGGAAGCGCUACGCUGUGUACUGGGAGCAAAGCCCCACUGAAGUACGCCGCUGUACCUGGUUCUAUAAAGGAGAUAAAGACACCAGGUUCAUGCCUUACCCUGAGGACUUCAGCAAGAGUCUGGAGGAGGCCUAUAUGAUAGCAGUGACCUUAGAUGAAUGGAAGAGGAAACUAGAAUUUCCCAAUGGAGAGACUGUCAUCUUACACAAUCCCAAACUGAUAAUGCAGUAUCAGCCAAUAGGAUCGCAGGAAGACUGGGUGUCCUCCCCCUCGUGGGUGUCCUCCCCCUCGGAGCAGACCCGGCCUCGAACAGUCAAGAGGGGAGUGGACAACAUCUCUGUAGAAAUACCUGAUGGUGAACCAGAAAAGGUGGACCACCUUGUCUUUAUGGUCCAUGGCAUCGGCCCUGCAUGUGACUUGCGCUUCAGAUCCAUCAUACAGUGUGUAAAUGACUUCAGGAGUGCUUCCCUAUCCCUCCUGGCCUCUCACUAUAAGCAAGCUCAGCAGGAUGGCCAGGUAGGAAGGGUGGAGUUCCUCCCAGUCAACUGGCACAGCGCUCUACACGGGGAUGCCACUGGUGUGGACGAGGACAUCCAGAGGAUCACUCUACCCAGCAUUAGCAGGCUGAGACAUUUCACCAACGACACUCUGCUGGACCUGUUUUUCUAUAACAGCCCCACCUACUGCCAGACCAUAGUGGACACAGUGGCUUCAGAGAUCAACAAGCUCCACACCCUCUUUAAACAGAGACACUCAGAGUUUAAAGGGGCCAUUUCAGUAGUGGGCCAUAGCCUGGGUUCUCUGAUCCUGUUUGACCUGCUGACCAAUCAGAGGACUGGAUCAGAUGCCAGAGAGGGGGUGCCCUCUGGUGAGCCUUUUCAUCUGAACUGUGACACACUGCAGCAGACUCUGACCAGACUCGGCCUGCAGCAAUACCUGGAUACGCUACAGGCAGAAAACCUAGACCUGGAAUCACUGGCUCUUUGCCAAGACGGUGAUCUCAAAGAUUUAGGAAUCCCCCUUGGACCUCGGAAGAAGAUCCUGAACUACGUCAGGAGGAAAUGGCUUUCAGAGGGUUGUAAGACGGGGGCAGUACGUCUGCCACCAGGGUUGCAAGUUCCACCUCAAGUGACCAGCGAUGGCGAUGGUAACCAGUCUCCAGGAUUGACGAUGGAGCCGCCCCAGUUCCACAGGGCGCAGUCUGUCACCAAUUCUGUAGACUACGAAUACUUUAACGUCGGCAUUGGACAGACCAAUGGAGGCAUAGCCAAGGGACAGGUAUCCAUUGAUUACCCACAGCUGGCUUUCCACCCUCAAACAUUUUUUGCUUUUGGCUCUCCUAUUGGAAUGUUCCUGACCGUCCGUGGGCUCAAACAAAUCGAUCCCAACUACGCCUUCCCAACCUGCAAGAGCUUUUACAACAUCUACCACCCGUAUGACCCUGUGGCCUAUCGGUUGGAGCCGAUGAUUGUAACAGAGGUGGAUCUGGAGCCCAUGCUGAUCCCUCAUCAUAAAGGCCGCAAGAGAAUGCACCUGGAACUAAAGGACAGCUUUACCCGUAUGAGCAUGGAUUUGAAGAACAACGUUUUGGGAUCGUUACGGACGGCAUGGCAGUCCUUUGCCAGAGUGCCAGUUGCUGCACUGCCCCCGGUGGAUGCAAGAGACACUACAAUAGAGAGAGACCUUCAAGAGCCACAGGCCUCAGCCACUUCUGCUUCUGCUAAGAGGGAAGAGAAAAGUGCUGAUUUUUGGACUAAAAUACUGGAGUGGCCCAGGGCCCUUCAUAAGCAUUACUUCCAAGGAGUGUGUGAGGAGGCAGAGUCCUCGGAGUCAGCGGAGCAGACCGAGCAGCCUGAGAUUAAAGUGGGUAUGUUGAACGGAGGACGAAGGAUCGACUACGUACUUCAGGAAAAACCCAUCGAGAGCUUCAACGAGUACCUGUUUGCCAUCCAGUCUCAUCUGUGUUACUGGGAAUCUGAGGACACUGCUCUCCUGCUGCUGAAGGAGAUCUACGACAAGCUAGAUGUGGCCAUAGAACAGCCACAACAAUAAUAACGUUUUAUGAAUGUAGAUUUGCUUUUUAACUUGACAGUAAGUUGAAAGUGAGAAAAUGAAGGACAGCUGUCAGAGCCAGAGGCCGCACAAUCCUCUUCCAGAAUGCCUUACCGUCUGGGCGUUACCUGACUGCCCCGCCCUCUCCUCCAUUAACAAUGGAGACUGUUUGGCUGCAGUCAGGUGAUCUUGGUUCAGAUAUGAAAGUCAACCUUCAUUUGAGGGAGUGGUGGCUUCUUGGUGCUGCCUGAACUCCCACUGCAGGACUGCAUUUGGUGUCUGUUUCAAAUCCAGCGAAACAUCACCGUCAUGCUCCUGGUCGCACUUUUCUGUUUGUUUUUUUUUGAGUAAUUCUUUACUUUACUUUGCACUUUCCAACAUUGACAUAUCAUGCAUACAGCUGCAGCUUAAUAAUACUGAAAAAUAAUCCUCAUGAUAAUCAGAAGACACACCAAGCACUUCUUCAAAUAUGGAAAACAUCAAGUUGUGUAUCAAGUAUAAUUUUUAUCACAUUGGAUUACAAACUGGAAUUCAUCCCAAGCUGGUAUUUCUAUGUAUUUGACAACACAAAUACAUUAAAAAAUCCCAGAAUAUAAUUAAUAGAUAUAUGAAUAGAUUGUAAUCUAUAAAUGUAUAUAUUCCCCUGCCCUGUGUACAGCCUCCAAAAAUCUGAAAUGUAGAUCUAUAAUUCGAAUUAACUAUAAGUCUGUUCAACAGGCAUCUCUGUCCGACCCUUUAAACUUAAAGCUCUCCCUUAGCCUAGCAUCAGACCGUACCUUUAUAAAUAAGCAAGUCCGGUGGUUUCAUUUGGUGACUUUAAACUGUUUACCUUCUGAAGGACUCUGUAGGUUGAUAUUUUGUCGCCUGGCAGCUAUAUUUUCUUUCUGUCAACACAAAAGGCCACUUGAAACCCAAAGCUGCUACUCCUACAUUUGUGCAAUAUAACAAUAAUGCUGAUGUCGUUUAUUUUUCAUUUCCCAGAUGUAGUCCUGUACUGACCCUGUCACUGAAAGUGAACUUCAUCCUGCCUUCUAAUAGUAUUUUUAUUUCACUUGCAAUAUGAUUUAGGUUGAUCAUAUCUACACCUCUAUCUAAAAGAAGCGAUCCUGAUGAAGAUUUGAAUCAGAAAUGAAGUAGAGAUAUGCAGGUGCUUGAAAGGACAAGCUGGUUGUCUUUCCAUAGUGUGUGUAUGCAUGUACUGUAUGUGUGUGUGUGUGACUACAGUAUGUAUGUUAUAAACCGUACAUUUCCACUUUCUCUCCCCGAGGUCUGUGCCAUUCCUCCUUUACCACUUUUGACUCACAACGUAUCUUUCUGUGAUUCCUAACAGCAGUAUAUUGUUUAUCCUAGAAUAUGGCUCAUUUCAAUACAGAGUCUCAUCUCACAUUCUGACUUUUGUAUAAACCAAGGGCCAAAUGGUACAUGUUUCUCUUUGUAUCAAGGUAUUAUAAAAUCAUUUUCUGCAUUGCAUGCACUUCUUUGUUUUGUAAGAGCAGGGUUUAUCAACAUUUUCUGGUCGUGACACAAAAUGUUAAUAAUUCUCAUGAACCCAGCAAUAACAGAGUUGUCACAUUGAAAUCAUAUACAUUUGAUUUAAAGAACAUCAUUCAUAGAUUAUAUAGAAAUUAUGUUUCAAAGCAUAUCAACUUAUUUUAUAUAAAAAUAUACGCAACAAAUAUCAAUAUAUCAAUGUUAUAUAUAUCACAAAUCUGCACCAUUGAGCAACAUGGGGUCCAGACUACAAAGUUGAGAAACUCUGUGUUAGAGUGAUGACUCCUAUGUUAUGCACUGUGAGGGCACCACUGCCCCCGCCACCAAAGCUCUGCCCUGUGUCUCAGUUAGCCCUCUGGGUGUAACAUCUGCACAAUACAUGAAUUAAUCAAAUGGGGUUGUUCAAUUUUCCUCCUUUAGAAAUGCGCUGAAUUCUAAAUGAUCAUGUUGUCGUUUCCUUGAACUUCACCACCGUUUGUGUCAUUUUUAGUGUCUAAACAGUAAAACAGGACUUAUAAUGGUCUCCUCUUCCUUACCAUAACUACUGUUUUUGCACUUGAUACUAAAAUGUUGAUACAUACUAAAAAAAACAAAUGUCCUCCUUUCUGAAUGCAUACCCUAUGAAUAUGGUAACACAUUGUAUGUGCCAUAAUAAAAUAUUACAAGUGUC